GGUGAGUGUGCGGGGCCCGGGCCGAGCAGGCGCCAGCGCCGCGGGCUGCAACGGGCUAGCGGAGGGCCGGGUUCUGACUCCCGUCCCGGGCGGCACGCCUGCGGCUUGGGCGAUUUGAGGAGCCGGAGACGAGGGGCACGCGCAUCUGCAGGCCCAGCCCCACAGCGGCCCCGUCUGGCCGGGGACCUGAGCCCACACCGCCGCAGCAGCGGCGUGCCCAAGGUCACACGUCCCAGCGACGCGCCAUGCCGAUCGUCGACAAGCUGAAGGAAGCCCUGAAGCCCGGCCGCAAGGACUCGGCCGACGAUGGGGAGCUGGGGAGGCUCCUGGCCGCCUCGGCCAAGAAGGUCCUUCUGCAGAAGAUCGAGUUCGCGCCGGCCAGCAAGAGCUUCUCCUACCAGCUGGAGUCCCUGAAGAGCAAAUACGUGCUGCUGAACCCCAAGGCGGAGGGGGCCGGCCGCCGCAGGAGCGCAGACGAGCCGCCGGCCAGGAGACAGGGCAGCGAGCGCCCAUGCAACGGCGGCAGCGGUGACGGCGUCCCCGCCCCUCAGAAAGUGCUCUUCCCCGUGGAGCGGCUGUCCCUGAAGUGGGAGCGCGUCUGCCGCGUGGGCGCCGGGCUGCACAACCUGGGCAACACCUGCUUCCUGAACGCCACCGUGCAGUGCCUGACCUACACGCCGCCGCUGGCCAACUACCUGCUGUCCCGGGAGCACGCGCGCGCCUGCCACCAGGGAGGCUUCUGCAUGCUGUGCAUCAUGCAGAACCACAUCGUCCAGGCCUUCGCCAACAGCGGCAACGCCAUCAAACCCGUGUCCUUCAUCCGGGACCUGAGAAAGAUCGCCCGGCACUUCCGCUUCGGGAGCCAGGAGGACGCGCACGAGUUCCUGCGGUACACCGUGGACGCCAUGCAGCGGGCCUGCCUGGGCGGCUGUGCCAAGUUGGACCGCCAGACGCAGGCUACGACCCUGGUCCAUCAGAUUUUCGGAGGCUACCUGAGAUCUCGUGUGAAGUGCUCGGUGUGCAAGAGCGUCUCGGACACCUACGACCCUUACCUGGACGUGGCGCUGGAGAUCCGGCAAGCCGCGAACAUCGUGCGCGCCCUGGAGCUGUUCGUGAAGCCGGACGUCCUGAGCGGGGAGAACGCCUACAUGUGCGCCAAGUGCAAGAGGAAGGUGCCCGCCAGCAAGCGCUUCACCGUCCACCGGGCGUCCAACGUCCUGACCCUGUCCCUCAAGCGCUUCGCCAACUUCAGCGGCGGGAAGAUCACCAAGGACGUGGGCUACCCGGAGUUCCUGAACGUCCGCCCGUACAUGUCGCAGAGCAGCGGCGAGCCGGUGCUGUACGGGCUGUACGCCGUGCUGGUGCACUCGGGCUACAGCUGCCACGCCGGGCACUACUACUGCUACGUGAAGGCCAGCAACGGGCAGUGGUACCAGAUGAACGACUCCCUGGUCCACUCCAGCAACAUCAAGGUGGUUCUGAACCAGCAGGCCUACGUGCUCUUCUACCUGCGGGUUCCCGGCGCCAAGAAGGGCCCCGAGGGCCCCGUGUCCAGGCCGGGCUCCGCCCUCGCUGGCCGCCCCGGCGUCCUCCCGGACCACGGCAGGAAGAGCAUCGGCGGCAACGGGGCUGGCUCGUCCCCGCUGGCCGGAAAGAGACCGGACCCGGCGGCGGCGAGGCGGCUGCAGGGCGCCGAAGAGACGGGCGUGCCGGUGUCCCGGCACGGCGCCCUGGCGGGCCUGAGGCCUCAGAACGGACACGCUCCUCCAAAGCCGCCCUCGGGGUCCCCCUCCCCCCGACUUUGCAAAGCGCCGGCGCCCCAGCCGACCGUCCUGGACGAGCCGGGAAGGAAGGCCGAGAAGCCGGCGCCCCUGCAGCCCCGCCUCCCCCCGCCCCUCCAGACCUCGCGGGGGCCCCACGGAGCCCGCGCCCCGGGCAGCAGCAGCAGGUGUGACGGCCACCGGCCCGGCUCCUGGGACCGCAGGGGCGCCGGCCUCUCUACCUCACCCAAGCUGCCAGCCGCCGCCGCCGCCAUUGUCAACGGGCACGGGCUCGGGGCCGCCGCCCUCAGCUCGGGGGACUCCAGCAGUCCCAGCCCCGAGCACUCGGCCGGCAGUGACCCUCCCCGGCCCCCCUCGACCCCCCGGAGCGGCGCUGCCCGCCUCUGUGACUCUCAGGGAAGGACCCCCGUGGCCGGCGCCCCCAGGGCACAGCCCGCUGGCGACGAUGCGAAGGCGGCGAAGCCGCGGUCCCCCGUCCUGAGCAACGCCGCCCUGGAGCCCGCCAACGCCACGUCCCCUCCGCCAGCCAAGAAACUGGCCCUUUCUGCCAAGAAGGCCAGCACCCCGCGGAGGGCCCCCGGCACUGACCGCCGCGCACCCCCCUUCCCGCCGCCCUCCGACCUCGCCCGCCCCAGGACAGCCGAUCACCCCGCCGCUGCCUGCACCCGGCCCGUGGGUCCCACCAGGUCACCUGGCCCCCGCCCUGCGACACUGCCCAGCAGCCCCAAGCCCCUCCGGACGUCCACCCCUGCUCCCCUGCCUCAGGUCAACGGGGGCUUCCCGGCUCCUCCACACCAGCCGCCGGAGGCCAGCGAGCCCCCCCAGAGCCCCUCUAAGAAGAACAGGGGCCACCUGGGGGAGAUUCGGGGGCAGGGCUUGGAGGGGGGGAAGGCAGCGGCGGCCCCUCCCGGGAAGAGGAAGAGGAGGAAGAGGAAGCGCCUAGAGGACUCGGACACCUGCGCCCCGCUGGAGGGGCCGCGCCGGAGCCCUGAGCGCGGGAAGGAGGAUCCAGCAGAGCCGCCCGCGGCGAGACUGCAGGGAGAGGGAGGGCAGCAGCCGGUGAACGGCCGGGGCCCUGUGAAUGGAUGGCAGGCGGGACGCAGGGCAGGAGGCCCCCUCGCCAGCAAGAAGAGGCGGCGGAAGGCAGUGCUGGGUGCUGGCGGCUCGGCCUGCCUCCACCAGCACCCGCCGUGGCCCGGGGGCGGCUCCCCCUUGGAGGUCGCCGAGCCGGAGAGCACUGCAGCAUCCCCGCGGAAGAAGAAAAAGAAGAAAGGAAAGCUGGAAGCUGGGCAGGAAGCAGCGGAGGAGGGGCACCCCGAAGGCUGGGGGAGCGAGAGGCAGAGGGGCCCAGCCGUCCCUGGGAGCAGCCCGGUGCCCGCUGCCCAUGGCCCGGGCCCUGGGGACCUCGCAGGGCUGCGGCGGGCCCCCCCGGAGUCCUGCCACCGAGAGCACAGCGGCGACGUGCUCCAGGAGCUCCUGGGGUGCUCGUCAGACCACGCCUACGGGAAGAAAGUGCUGACCUGGAGCGGCACGGUGUCGGCCGUCAGCCUGGACGCCAUCCGGGACAGCAGGCUGGCCCGCGCCUCCGCGGUGACCGACAGCUGGGACGAGGAGUUCGACCGCGGGAAGGAAAAGAAAAUUAAGAAGUUCAAGAGAGAGAAGAAGAGGAACUUCAACGCCUUCCAGAAGCUUCAGAACAGACGGAACUUUUGGUCUGUGACUCACCCGGCCAAGGCCGCCAGCCUCAGCUACCGCCGCUGAACCGCCGCUGUCCAGGCGGACUCGCGGAGACCGGCCUCCGUUCCUGGGGACCGUCCCUGCUGUGGACCCCGAGGUCCGCCGGUCACCAGCGGCCCCACACCGGGAGCCGCUGCGGGAGGACGCACACCGGGGCUCCAGCCCCUGCGGCCAGGACCUCUGGC